AAAACCUCCUUUAGAUCUGAAUAGGCUCACAAACCUUACUUCUGAUAGUUCAGUUAAACCAGACAAAGCCCGUCAAGAAACGCAGAAGCUUCUCACUCACAUCCUCAAUGAGCUGCAAAAUCGUUCACGUCCCCCACCAGUCUGGGACUCGUUCCAAGCAGAUGUUGGAGCCCAUCGGACGGGCCUGCAUCUUCUCCCGUUCAAGUCGGGCUUCAGGCUCAAGCCAGGUCACGCAAUGCGCUCCGCAUCCGCUUCGUUGUCUCUCGCAGAUAGCGAUUCUGAUGAUGAGCUAGACGCGGUAUUCUCAUCUGAUAUCACGUUUGAUCUAUUGGGUAAACUUAAGGACGUGUUAAUCGUUGCAAAGCUCAAAUCUUGGCAUAUUUUUGAAGAGAGCAUAGGAGUUGAUGCUGCGGGAUCAGAUUCUGCAGAGAAAGCAACUCCUUUUCGAUUCCGUCGUUCGAGUUUCAAUGCAGGCGGGAAACGCUCUCGAUCGUUCUCGCCGAAACGAACAAAGCGGCCUUCGUCCGACCUUUUAUCACAGUGCAUUUCGACCCUAAGUUCAAUUACUCUUGAAGACUGUCGCUAUCAAAUUCGCUCUGUUAGAUUAUCUCGACCACCUAACGCCCUGCAGGCUCUUUCACUAGAUGUUUGGCAGCUUCUCGUCUUCAUGCAUAAAGGGAACCCAAGGGUUUUAAGCGACAUCGGUCAUGCUGUUAUCCCUGCCUUCUCAACCUUCCCGGCGAGUAUGCAUAGACGAAUAUUGACAUUCUUUGAGGAUAGCCUGCUUAGGUUGAUGUUAUACAACCUUCGCAGUUUGCAGACUGGGUCAUUAGCUGCGUCAGCCAUACAAAUCAACCAUGAUGAAUCUGACAACGGGCCUGAUGCUCCAAUUGUCGCCAUCCAAGUCGAUGAAGCGCAAGAUAGCAGUUUCGUAGGGCCAACGUCAUUUCGAGAUUGGCAGCGAUGGACACCUCCGAACCUAACUUUUCAAGGCGUUUUGGCCUCCUCCGCUCCAGCUCAGUCAAUGGAGAUCUACUACUUGUCAUCCGUUGUAGGCCCACUUUUGACUGCCAUUCUCGAUAACGUGGAUUUGACAACAGAAGAUCUUACCCUGAGUCACCGCCUUCAGGCUUUCUUUUGCUUCCUCGCGGAAUAUAAGCCAGACACGCCACUUGAAUUGUUGCAAGUCGUGGCUUAUCACUCGGCGCGAUCAAGACAACUAGCCAUCUCCCUCUUACUGACUUUUUGGCCAAAAGCUUUCGGUCACUUGAGCAUCAGCAAGCCGUUACCAGUUCACUCACACUCGGAGACACUACAGAAGACGGACCCAUAUCGUCCCCGCCAAAGUAGCAUACAUCCACAUUAUCAUCAAUUUGUACCUUGGCACUUCAGUCCUGCUUCCUCGUCGGUGGUCUUUGAGGGGUCAUCCUUGCAUGAUUGCCACGUAUGCGUGAAACAAAUACGCGAUUUCGGACUUUUCUGUCCAUUUUGUAUGUGUGCAGUUCAUUCCAAUUGUUACGAUUCUCCGGACGGCAGUUAUCUUGCGCACUAUCCGGUCUUUGGUGAGCCGAGUACACAAAAAGUCGCUGUGCACCGGUAUUCCUAUGUCCGACCUAGGCGGUCCGGCUUCGAUUCUGAUAUAGUAAAUAAGGGCCACCACGCUUUCAGACUUGUCAACGUCUUUACGCUCUCUUUGUGCGGGGCAUGUCGUCGUCCUCUCUGGGGUUACAUUGCCCAGGGUUACAGGUGCAUGGCAUGCAACCAAUAUGUGCAUCAAUCGUGCUUGCAUGGAGAUUCAUUUGAACAUUUACCGGUCUGCCACUCCGAGCCAGACUCGAGUCGAAUUACGAUUAAUUGGACGGACCUCAGAUCGUCAUUCCUCGAUUUCUAUCGCGAGGUCCUUCUGCAAGAACAGGAUAUCUUACACUGUACGUUUGAAGAAGUGGCCAUUUUCUGGACCUUGUUAUGGACGCAGUUACAAUUGUUGAAAUACGGGAUCGCUUCUGGAUCCAUUAUUGUGAAACGGGAUCGUUCGUCAACAGCCGACACUCAAGCUGGUGUUGACAAUUUCGAGUUACAGCAUCUUGAGAAGCUAUACCACGCAUAUCUGCUGUCGGAUCGUCUACGCUCCUCGGUCGUAGUUCAAGAUUUAUUACAAAGAAAUGGUUAUUCACGUCAAUUUCCGUUUUUCCUUUUUGAUUGGCCAACCCUCCUCUUUAUAACUUCCCUCAUCAAGUCCCCUUUAUCAGAAGAGGACGAAGUCGUUGAUGACUUUUUGCGUGUCACAGCGAUGUCAGGAGAAGAUAAUUUGCCGGGAGAUUCGGACAUGCACCCAGCGGAAGUGGUCUCAGUAGCGCAUAUACGAGAUGUCCUCGGAGGAAGCUUUGGCCUGCAAAAGGUACAGGCUGCGUGCAUCAUGCUUGGUCAUUUGCGACACAUAGGCUUUUUCGACAGCAUGGAUCUCCCCGAAGGUUUCUUCACGUCCUGUGAUCGACCGAGCGAGUUACUGUGUUCAUUUUCUCUUCCUCUUGGUCUGGAUAUCUCUGCAAACGUCGAGUUUCUGAUCGUUGCAGUUGAGUCGUGCCUCGAGGACCUUGAUAUCUCGGUGAACGAGUCUGGGUUCCUUCUACUCACCCGUAAGUUAUGGCCGAACGGUAUGGCCUCAGAUUACGCCAUAGCUAGGCUGAUGAGGGCUGUACUUUCAUGGGUUUUAUCCGAGGACGAUAAUCUCGUCAUCAUUCUUCGCGAAUACAUUGCAAAGAACAAAAGCCUUCCCGGUGUACCCUCUGCAGCAGAGAAUCAUGCCUGGCCUAAUAACAACCCGUCGCGCUCAACAUCAUCCGGUUCAGUCAACAACGGCGGUGACUAUGUGGCUUGUAGGAAAAGUCUCUUGGAUAAAUAUGCAACUCGUUGGAUGUUUGCUAUACAUUGUCAGGACCCAGAUACGUAUGCACAACUUCUAUUCGACACAAUUUCGGGUAUUGCAAUGGAUUCUGCCUGGCUUAAUCAUGAACUGGAUUCUGCUAAUCUAUCUCACGGAGAUAAGGGAGAGUUGCCCCUUUGCGCUGAUAAGGUCCUAAGGAGCAUUAUGAAAAUUAGCCAGACCACCAUAGCAUUUUCGGUAAUCGAUGACUUGUUCCUAAAAUGGCUCACAGUGUUCCCUAGCACAUUGCCGUCCUACAAGCCUUUGCCUACUUUACCUCGCCUAUUUAAUCGAGACGUUGAAGGAACAGCGCGUUGGACUUCUGCUUUUGACGCUACCGUCACCAGCUUUGAACAUGUCAACGCCCCUCUUUUGGAACCCUGGAGAGUUGUAACAGAUGUUGCAGCUCGUGAUUAUGACGGGUUGAAGAAAGGCCUUGACUGGCUCUGCAUAUUUGCAUCAUCGGGAGUUGACAUACCAGUAAACACGUUUUUGCAGAUAUCUGCCUUGGCACGAGACCUGAAUGCGCCAUUUGACGAUCAUAUGAAACUGGCAGAGGCAGUUUUCAUGUCAAUUUGGAUCAAAUCUCUUGGGAGGUUGGACCUGCAAAGAUUGAUCUCGGAUCUUCACGACAGAUUCGUGAAUUAUAUCCUCGCACGGCUCGAAAGGGACAGUAUGAAUGACCAGUUGGAUCGUUUCUUUCGGCUCACACUCUCUUCAUUCCUUCUUUUAUAUGGGUGCGAUAGACCACGCCUGCAAGAACUGGGUCUGGUAAAGGAGAUUGACAUUGAGGGUCUCUCAAGGCGAAAGGCUAUUAAGAGAGCGUCAUUCUCGACGGAGCCAGCACUGGAAGACAUCGAUUUCGUUGAAAUACUGGCCCGAUAUGUGGAAGAAGGCACGGAUGAGUUACGUUGCCUAAUCGCAAAAUCUCUUACUUGCUUUGUUACGGAGUCAUCGCUACUCUCUAUGCAAGAGCUAGAAGCGAUAAUCUUGAGAAAUAGUUUCUUCUUGACUCGAUGUGCCUGGAAAGUUUAUGACAUGCAAAUACCUGAAGUCAAUGACUUCAGGUCGACUUUGCUUUUGCGAGUCCUAGUAGUGGACGCAAGGCACUUUGAGGAGCUCCUGCGAGAACAUUUUGGGAAGGAUGAUCAUUGGGAGACCCAACUUUCUACUGCAACAAAAUUAUUUCAGAUUAUACUCGAUGUUGCAAAGCCUUCAUUUACCGUCGAAGGUAGGCAGUGGCGGUCCAGCGUGAUGGAGAUAUUCUAUCGCUUUUUCUCUUGUUUAUGGUCAAGCGAACAUGAGGAGAUUCGCUUGGCUGUUGAUGCAUGGGUACAGACUCUCCAGCCAGUGCAUCAGCAAGCAAUUACACUUUGCUUCAGCGAAUAUCUGUCCCAUGCACCGAUCUCUGAUCGACUGGAGUUGGUGUCGUUCCUUCUGCAACUCCGGUCACAUUUUCCGACGUGGAAAGUUUUAACUUGGGACGUCGUGAUAGAGACGCUUAUGGAUGACGAGUUUCUACAGAGGACUGAUGCCGACGAAACUGGUAUAUCUGCUCAUUUGGCUAUGUAUGGCAUAACAUCCUCUCAGAAAACAGAGACUACUCAGAAUAGGGACCCGGAUGCUUCGAUGCUACAAGCUUCUUUGCUUCUCUUAAGCCUGCAGAUGAUCGCGGACGGGGUUUCCAUUGACAUAUUUUCUUAUCUUAAGAUCAAGAUGCAGCUCGUCGCACUUUUCGGUUUCUCGGAAGCUAGUCUCGUACCCGCACCGAGCGGCCACUCGUUCCAUGUGCAGUUUGGCGAAUUAAAGGCACUCAAUUCAAGCGCCUUACCAUGCAUACAGGGUUUGAUGACGCUAUUGGACGCUUAUCGGCUUUACGACGUUGCACCGUCCGCUAUGAUUGCAAGUGGGGCAGAAGAUGAUACGACAUAUCCCGUUCUUGUGGGGUCCAUUGUGGUGGACGUUUUCUUAGGAGUCUUCCAGUAUAUGCUGGAAAGCUUCUCAGACUUUCCUUAUCCGCAGGCAAAGAUGAUGCUUCAGUCGUUUAUUAUCGUCAUUUACAAACACGAUGUAGAAGCCAUACCCCUGCGCCAUCUGCGUGAAUCCGUCCGCAGGACAGUGAAGCGGGUUUCCUACCUUCUUUCGCAGGAGAUCGGAAGUGAUCUGAAGCAGCUUGUUCUUACGGCACUUCAAGCAUAUCGCAGACGAUGGUUAAACUACGCAAGUUCUCGAGAUCUCCUCGUACAUCAAGUUACCGACGUAAUCCAGUUCAUCGCAGCGUCGACAACAACAAAAGAUGACUACCUAGUUGGACAGACUAUAUCUCUUCUGGAGGAUAUUUUCACGAUGCACUCGGGCACAUUUUACAACCUCAGCAAGCAAUCCCUCACUCCAGAAAUGUUCUCCGUUCUUCGACUUGUCAUGGCGCGGAACGCACGUAACGUCGACGCACAGGCACUACUACCGGAUAUUCUACUUCGAGACACGCUACAGUUCAUGGUAGCCAUGCAGAACGAGCCUGGUCGCAAGAAUAUCAUUGAGAACUUCAGGAAAUACAUCGAAAAUGUACACUUCCAGGGCUUUUCGUCGGACAGUCUAUCUCAUUUCGGCGAGAGCAUCGUCGCGAUUUUACGAAAUGCUAGCGAGCUGUCCGAUGAAGCGUUUGACCCGAACCCCUUGCUUCUCGCCGCAGCGACACUAAUUCAGUACAACAAGGCCCAAGUCAGAGGUCUUCUGCCCCACCUGGAAAACGCUGUACGGAUUUCUCUAGUACGGUUUGACAUUCAUGAACAAUCGUUGCGCCGACUGCUCCAAGUAACUUCCGCACUCUAUCGCCGGACGGCUUCUGAACCUGGUGCAUCUGCACAAGAUCGCAACGUCAUCCUUGCCGUAGUAGUGGAUAUCUUGUCCGAAGGCCUACGAGGGAAAUGCCGAGUCACACCCACGACUUUGAAGACAAUGGUAGAGUCACUAUGCAAACCUGGAUUAAAUUACCUGUCAAGCGGUUCUCUCAGUCGCCUAGGGGCUGAUGCAUUAUUCUUCUUGCAGAACUUAAGCUUUUCAGACAUCCAGUCCCUGUAUGGCAUUCAAGCAUCCCGGUCUGCAAGCACAGUGAUCCUUCGAGCCGGAAGUGUUGACAGAGGCCUCUUGUACCGGUAUCUUGGUGAUAAUGCAUCUGAGAGGAGCAAUAGGCAUACAUUAACGGUCAGAGCGUGGAAUGCGCUAGUAUUGGAGGCACUGCAAAGUAGUCCAGAGUGGAAGCCUGCCGCUCAACUUUUUGAUAAUCUCAGUAGCUUUUCCGCCAGCUAUCAUUCUUCACUCCGAGCACAAAUUCAAGGUUUUGGGUUGCCACCUGACCUGACAGCUUCCGAUGUCAAUCAAGCUUACGUUGCCAUCAAGCUCUGGCUGCUCCUUUCCCGUACCUGUUCGGAGGAGGCUCGUAUCACGAAUGAUGGGAUGCCAUCUGCUGCGGACCACAUGCUGGAGGACCGAAAUGCAUCACUAGUUUGGAACGAGUUAUGGCCUCCAUUCGAACGAUUAGUGAACCUUUUAGAGUCGGACACUGAAGUCGGAGAUGUGAUGCCGAUAGCGAAUCUAGUGUGGUCAUCUGUUGCUGACAUUUUCCUCUUCCUGCGUUCGAUGCGCUCAACUAUCUCUUUGGAGUCAACCUCGCAUGUUGCGACUUUAAAUCGGGUCAAAGCUCUAGCCAAAGGCGAGUCCUUCGCCAACAAGUUCGCUCGUUCACUGAAGAGCAUUUCGGAGCCUCCACCUGAGGUACCCAUAGCCUUGCUGAUCGCACAGGUGACACAGGAGCUUGUCGCCGCAGAGAAACUUAACGCAUUGGAGUCAAGGCGAGAGCUCGGGCGUAUGCUUCCCGACAAGAGUAAACGAGACAUUCGUACUCCUAACGGAUAGAAAAAGAAACUGGUCGCUUCUAAUCCAUCAGUUUGCCCUGACGUGGAGUAAGAUUAAUAAACAUACAAUUGUACAAAUACUGCUAGCAGAGUGAAAAAUAGAAGGGUCAUGCCGUUCGC